CUAUCUGUAUUUGUGUGUGCACUAUGGAGCAAUAUUUUGACAGUCAUUCAGGACCUUUCAGUGAACAGUAGAGGAAUUAGAGAUGAACAAUAGGUAGAUGAGAGAUGUUGUGAGGCCAUUGUGUAAUGGCAGGUGAACAGUUAGCUGGCAUUUUCCACAGCUGAAUAAAACCUAUUUUACUGGGGGCACUGGGGUGUAUCCCUGUCAGAGCAUAGAGUGGGAAGGCAGUUCACUUCAGGGUUUCUUCAGAAGAGAGGUUACGGUUGAAGGAAAAAGUGGAGACCCACAACGCGCAGCGGCAAACAAGGACCUGGCCCGCUCUCCUCCAGUCCCUCCCUUCAAGUAUUGCUCGCGCUCUCCAGUCGGCCGUGGAGCGUUGGAGAGAGAUGAAUCCAGAGCGUCCGCUGCCCCGGGCCAUGCCCUCCUCACUGGGCCAAGAUCUGGGAGAUGCAGCCAUGAGGAUGGGCCGUGACAAAGGCAUGCAGGGAGGAAAUAUGGCAUAUGGAACUAUCCAGUCUCUUAAAGACUGCCUCUACUUCCUGCUCUGCUGCUGGUGCAUCAAAGAGAUCCUGGACUGAGAAAGAAAGAGUUUUUGAGCCAAUGGAUGAUUCAUCACAGCUGUGUUGAUGAUACGUUGGCCUGAAUCCAGAUCUCUUCACACAUGCAUAAACACACACAUGCCUAACAAGCAUCAGAGGCUGCUGUAUUAAUGCGCUUUAAAGCAGUAUUGUUAAAUUGUACAAUAAAUAAAAAUAAUAUAGAGAAAAACUGAUUGUGUAUAAACAGAAAAAGGUGUUUUUCUUUUUAAUGGUUUAA